CCACACAUGCCCCAUACUGUGGCGUCACGUGGUUACCUCACGUGACUAAGGUCAGAGUUCAAAGUCACACGGGAGGCUGGGUAAAUAUGGCGGCCCUGGUUGGACGUAGGGCGCUUUUGCAGUUUACCGACAGCAAGCUAGGCUGGUCCUACUUGGCUUCAAGACGCUAUGUUUGCUCCGCUAAGUCGUUUAAUUCUCCGGCGGGCCUUGGCGCAUUGUCACGGCAGUACAGCUCGGAGGCAAAGGACGAGCUGGUCGUUAGGUAUCUUGACGGAGAAGAUAAAGGUAUAGUGGUUGUUGGGAUAAACCGACCAAAGGCCAAAAAUGCUAUCAGCAGAAAUCUGGUAAAACUGAUGUCUGAAGCUGUGGUGGAUAUAAAAAAGAAUAGCAAAGUACGGAGUGUCAUUUUAUGUAGUUUAGUUCCAGGGAUCUUCUGUGCAGGAGCAGACCUUAAAGAGAGGGCCAAGAUGCAUCAAAGCGAAGUUGGACCAUUUGUUUCCAAAGCAAGAGCGCUCAUCACAGAACUGGGUAACCUACCAAUGCCAACAAUAGCUGCGCUCGAUGGCGCUGCCUUAGGGGGGGGCUUGGAAAUGGCCCUGGCGUGUGACAUCAGAGUUGCCUCACAUGCUGCAAAAAUGGGACUUGUUGAGACCAAACUUGCUAUUAUUCCCGGGGCAGGUGGUACUCAGCGUCUCCCCAGGGUGAUUGGUGUGUCACAUGCUAAAGAGUUGAUCUACACGGCCCGGGUGGUCGACGGAGCAGAAGCCUGUCGCCUGGGUCUGGUCAGCCAUUCUGUGGAGCAGAAUAAGAGUGGCGAUGCUGCCUAUCUGCGCGCUUUGGAGCUUGCGCGCGAGAUUAACCCUCAGGGUCCAAUUGCAGUCAGGAUGGCAAAACUUGCCAUCAAUCAGGGUAUAGAGGUGGAUCUGUCUACAGGCUUGGCUAUUGAAGAGGCGUGCUAUGCCCAAGUGAUCCCAACUACAGAUCGACUGGAGGGUUUGGCCGCAUUCAAGGAAAAGCGGCGUCCUCGCUACAAGGGGGAGUGAGUCGUCAGUGCUCCGAAAAACAGUUCUGCCUCUCGUUCUCUUGUGCAACUGCUUUAGAGGGGAAUUUGUACACUUGAGUGCAUAAGCCUGCACGCUACGGCACCUGAAGGACACGGAAUGAUGUUUGAUACUGGAUGGAUCAGCACUUGAACAUCACAUUAGCCCGCAAUGUUCAGUGAUUUGCCAUUUUGAACCAUUCUCAUCGCUGUUUGCAAUUACCGCCAAUUAUGCUCCCCAGUCCCGAAAGCCAUAAAUUUGUAUGGUCUUAUUGCUUCUUGAAUGCGUCGCCAGCACUUGUGUUUUGACUUGGAUUUCUGUCUCCUAAGAAAAACACACUGCGACUUGAGAAUAGCCGUCGCCAUUUUGCAAACCCGUCUUGUAAGUCAUCACAAUGAUUGCUGAAGGACUAUGGUGUCGUACAUUUUUCGGCUUGAGCACUUCAGUCACGCUUCAUUCGCUCAUCACCGAGAGAAACGCAUUGGCGUAAAACGAGUAGUCCGGGGAUGCGUUGAAACGUCAGUAUGCUCGUACCAAGACGCACUUUAGGUUGGCAUCGAGUCAUGGUUGGCGAAAGCCUCACAUAGUCCAUCUAUGCUGCGCACCGGUCGAAGCAUUACAUAAACAUUUUGCCCUGCCUUUUAUUCUGUACUGUGUGUUCCCUCAUCACUGUCGGUAGUCGUGUUUUUUGUUGUUGUUGUUCACAACUACAAAGUCUCAAACUCAUCUGGACUCUCGAUUGUAUCAGUCAUAAUGAAGCUUGUAAUCCGACUAUAGUGUGACGCGGCCCAGACGGCAAAAUAAAAGGUCUGACGCUUGCAGUUGUGACACGAAACGCGACACGCUUCACCUCUUGAUCGUUGCUAGCAGCUAACCAGUCUGCAGACUCCUCCCUGUCCACGCCCGCGUUUAAAUGCGCAAAUCAUUUUGAAAUGGACCCUGCGCCCGAGAUCCCGAUCUCUGCAUGAUCAGGGAAAAAGGAGCAAGGUAACGAAGAAGAAUAAAUGUUCGGAAUGUGAAGUUGCUCCGUGAACUAGAGGUGCGCAAGGAAAUCCUCAUUUUGGCACACGGUCGUCGUCGACUAGCGAAAGGAGAGAGAAUGAGACGGCGCGCUGAACGCAAAAAAAGGAAGCGGUCAGACAUUAAGGUGGACGUGAAGCGGAGGACAGCUGCCCACCGGCGCAGGAGGCCUCACCCCGUUGGAGGAGAGAGUCGCUGCGAUCGUGGGCGACGCCGGGAGCCCACGUGGCUGACUGAUCACCCCACAAAGAUUUAUGAGAACGGUUUCCCAGCAUCGCCUCUUUAAGUGUCGCCAAAGCACCAAGAGGCUGCAGAAACGUGCGUACGCCAAGCCAUGCAGUUGGCAUGAGGGACCGCACAUUUCCACGCUUUUUCACAUCUGACCUUGGCCGUGAAAAAGAACGGACGCCCCACGUUUUUGUGCACCGCCUUUCGCCAUCAGUGUUUUUCAGGCGAGUACUAUAGUCGCUGUGCAUCCACAACGGAUCGAUACAAAGUCCGCAUCACUGCAGACGCCGCACCGAUCCGCCUGUGGAUCUGCUCCAGUGAGAGUGGGAGAUCACGGCUUGAUGAAGCCAACAGAAGCACAUCAUCUGCAAAAAGCAGAGAUGCAACAUUGAGGCCACCAAACCGGACCCCCCCCCCUACGCCUCGGCUGCGUAAGAUAUUGUUCUACAACAAUAUUUUAAUAAGCUUGGAACCAUAUUUUUAAUUUGGGUGUUGAACAGUGUGGGAAAACCUUGCUUUAAAGUGUCACCUCAAUAAUCCAAAGCAUAUCACAUCAUGUGUCAAACCAGCGGAUGCGUGGGUGCACUUGUGAUGACUGCUGUAACUGUAACAAGAUGUGUUUUAUAGCCAAAUGCUACAAAAGUCAUAGGGUGGUGCAUAAUGGACAAUGGCGUGACGAACUUUCUAAUUUUACACUUAAAGAGUCAUGUUUUUAAAUAAAAAAAUGUAAAAAGUGUAAUGAUUGAUUUAUUGCUGAAGCAGAAAAUGUACUUCUUACAAUUUCAAUGUACAAUAAUUUAGUAUGAAAUUGAUCUCCGGUUAACGUCAACGAUUUAUACAGUAGAUCUUCUAUAUUUGCACAUUUGUGCGGCCAUUCAUUGCGCAAUGUCGUAAUAAUACCGCCGUAGUCUUGGCUCAAUAACAGCGAAUGCGGGUCUCUUCUCCACCCUGUAAAACAUGAAAACAAGGCCCUUCUGUCAGGAAAAGUCUCAAAACUGUCAAGGCGACGUGUUUAUCAGUUGCGCGUGACGCAUACAAAUUGUUCGAAGAAAUGGAUGCGAUGGUUUGACGACUGUUAGAUUGUGUACGAGUUCUCCUGCACUUCCCGUAAUCCAGUUGUCGUCAUACACCACAACAAUCCACAUUACCUGACACAUCACUAUUUUGUCACUCACUCAUAUGUCCAGCAGGUCUUCAUGAGGCUAUACAUCUCUUCUGGACAGUUCGGUGGGGCAUCCAGCCGCAUUCCACUCUCAAUCAA